GGUCACAAUGUAGAUCUUGGCAGGUAGAAGGCAAUAUUUGCCAAAGAGGCAGAGCUGGAUCCAUUAGCACCCUCAUACUGCAAUCCUGAACCUGAUCCGACAACCCCAUCUGGAACAGACUGAUUACUACCUUCCAGAUGAACCAACAUUACCUCCAUCUUAUUUGGGUUGGGCUUCAAUUUAUUAGCCACCAUCCAGACCAUUACCAUCCCCGGUCAUCAAGUUAGCAUGUCUGCUGACUCAGGAGUUGGAUGUCAACAGCAUAUUGAUGAUACCAAAUCACUGCAUGACCUGACUCAUCGGCUAGCUUUAUGUUGAUGUUAAAAGGCAUGGGGGACAAGAUAGAACCAUGCAAGACCCCACAGCAUAAAUGCCACAGGAUCAAAAAGUAGCCUUCCAGCACCACUUUCUAGAAGUGGCCUUCUAAGUAGGAAUGGAGCCACUGAGACACACUGCACCUGAUCUCCAAAUAAGCUAUCCCAAAGGAUACUGUAGUUGAUGGUGUCGAGGUGUGAGCAGCCCAUUAUCUUUUGAUGGAGACAUCUGGAAACUGCAGCACCCCAUAUGCCAGACUGACUACACAUCUACAGGAUCUGGAGCCACGAGUGGGCAAAAGACGCUUGUCACAGGCACGGCACAGAGCUACAUUGGCAGGACUCUUCAACAACUUACGAGAAAGUGUAUAUUCUCAGAAAAAUAAUUCUGCAUCCAAGUGUCAGGUUUUAUGUAAGGCUAAGAAUUAUAUCCAAGAGCUGGAACAAACUUUGGAAAAUUUGCUGAACAUGAAAGAGGUUUUAAAUCUUGAGGAUGGCAAUCCAUCAAGCUUGGAGGAAGUAAAGGAGGAGUAUGUCAAGAUGUACUUCAACCACCACAGUGUUGUGCCUCCUUCAAAUGCUGUGAGUCAAAGUGGCACCACAGUCUGGUAUGUGAUUCAAGAAUAUGAGAAGAACUCAGCAGAGGAGGAUGUGAAUCUAAGGCUUACACAGCCACCAGAUACCUCUUCUCCUGAUCUCAUGGAGUUUGAACGGUACAUGAAGCAAUACUUAUAUUUUUACAAACAGACAGUAGACCUGUUGGUUGAUAAUGGGAUUGUGAACCCUGAAGAGGUUAUCCUCCCUGUGGUCUCCACAGCUGUUUCUCACCUAUGGCAGGGCCUCCCUGAAGAAAGGAGAGACAGUGUCCUGCUGUACUGUAGUCAGAGACAGAAUUUCAUCUCUGAGGUCAAGACAGCUUCCCAAGAGCCUGCCUGUACUGAAGGCAGCAUGAGGGACAGUGGAACUAAUAGUCAGGAAGCCAGCGGUUCACUAGUAUCCACACCGGAGGAGUUCCUCUUUGAAGAUGCGUUUGAUGUGGCAACCAGCUUCCUUGAUAUAAAUGAGACUCAAGAGAUAUCCAGUCAAAGCUCAACAUUCACAGGCUGUGCUUCAGAAAGCCAAGAGGAUCACCAGCAUCUCUAUCUGAAGAUUAUCACCUUCUUGAAAAGCCUGUUUUUUGCUAACACACAAGCACCACAGGAAGAGGUUCUCCAGUUAGAUUACGAGACAGUGAUGCUAAGAUGCACCGAGACAUUUGAUGAUGAAGAUCUGUAAAUAACCUUGUCUCUGUUGAGUGGAACAACUCAGAUGGCUGCUUAGUGACAGCCCUCCCAUCUCCUUGACAACCGGGGGGAGGAGGAGGAGAUGCUGCUGCACCGGCACCCAUUUCUCGGCAAGCAUCAUGUUGGAAACGGUUCUGUUUGUGUUGACUUUGCAUCUUCAUCCGUUAAAUUAUUUGUACUUUUACACAUUUUGCAGUUUGGUAUUUAUAAAGUUUUCAAAGAAA